AUGGUGUCAUCCAGAAAGAAAUCUCAAUGUGCAAUUGGAUCAAUGCUUGAUCUAUUAAAUGAGCCAGCAACAAGUAGAUCUCAUAACCAAGAAAAUAACUCCAAUUGUUCUAACUCUCUCAAUUCUUCUUCAUCUACUGAUUCUGAAUCUUUGCACACCUCUGAAUCAUUUGAAGAUGAUAGUGAUGAUGAGCAAAAUGCUAACAACAAUGAUCCACUAGAAGAAGAUACAAUUGGAAGAGGUCCAACAAGGCAGGGAUUUCGAUGGGGAACCGAUUGGCGUGCAUUGCCUAAGCCAAUGAAAGAUGAUGUGUGGGCUGAAGUGAAGGCCACCUUAAAGGCGUUGAAGCAACAAUUGCCACCUGAGUUGCAAGAUGAUAUUGAGGCUAAUAAUAAAAUUUUUGAAGACGUCAUUAGAAAAGAUGCUCCAGGAUGCCUACGCAGCUGUAAGAUUGUUUCAAAAAGUAAGAAAGUGUUCACCUCUCAACAAGAAUUUGAUCGAGCAGUUGAUGAGAGAGUUGCAAGCAUUCAACACAAUUUGGAGAUUAAAUUGCAGAAUGAGAUGGAUGAAAGAUUAUCCAAAAUGAAAGAUGAUUGGCUUGCCGAAAUGAAAACAAUGAUGCAGGAUCAAUCUUCUAGCUUUGGCAGUCCAAAUACCCAGGUACAAGAUUCUUCUAAUUCCCAGCACCAAAUUGCUUUGAAUGAACCUUUGCAUGGAUUAGGAAACUCAUCAAAUAAUGGCCAAACAAAUCAAUCUACUAAGGUGAGCAAAGAGAUAAAUCAAUCUAAAGAUGAUAAUCCUCCAUUGAUUUGUUCAGAUGCUACUUCCACUAAGGAAAUUCAAAAGGUUACAUGA